CGUGUAAACCGUUUUAAGCGUUAAAUUUCCGCUCUAGUUCAUCUCUAAUACACAAAAAUAACCCAGUAAGUAUUUAUUUAAUAUGCGAGAAACACUGAUAACCCGCAUCGGGAGCGCUCCGUUCGUUCGCGAAAGCCCAGUCACUUUUCGACCGGACGCCGAAAAAUCCAUAAAGGGCAUUUUAAGUUCGAGCGAUAUCCGCGUUUCGGUGGAAUUGUGUCCGAACAGGCAGUUGGAUAAGGAACUGCUCCUGCAAAUACCCUGCAGGUUUUGCGCGAUCACUUGGUUUUCUCCCUCGGCUGAUCAAUUGGAGCGCGUCGAUAAAAUACCAGCGAUAGUAUUAGCUAGAGAAUUGAAGCAUUUCGGCUUGCCGGUGUUGUUGCAUUUGGCCGGGAGGAAUUUAAGGAAAUUCGAGGUGCUCAAAAUACUGGGGACUCUGAAGAAGUACGGAAUUCGGAAUAUCUUCGCGUUACAAGGAGAUGCCUCUCAAGUUCGGGAAAAGGACGACAGCAAAUGCGACUUUCCCUACGCCGCCGAUUUGGUCGAUUUCAUUCGAUCCUGCUACGGGAAUUUCUUCACCAUCGGCGUCGCAGGAUAUCCGGAUGGCCAUCCCAACUCCUUCAGCAGGGAAUCGGAAAUGGAGUUCCUUAAAGCAAAAGUCUCGCGCGGCGCCGACUUCAUCCUCACCCAAGGCUCCUACAGCCUGGCAGCCUUCACGAAUUUUAUCGAGCGCUGCCGAUCGGCGGGCAUUCGCGUUCCCGUCGUGCCCGGCCUCUUCAUCAUCAGCUCCUACGGGACCCUCGCGGCCGUUUCGAAGUUCUGCGGCGUGCCCGUCCCGAAGACCCUCCUGGAGACGGUCAAGCGCCUGAAGGAGAACGACCCCGCCGCCAGGGAGUUCGGGAUCACCGAGGCCGGGGAGAUGGUGAAGAGGAUUCUAGCGAACGGGAAUUCCUUCGGCGGAGUUCACGUGUUCUCCCUGAACAAUUUGGAGUUGGUGAGGGAGGUUCUGGGUAGGGUGGGGUUCUACCCGGUCAUAGAGAGGCCGCUGAAAUUAAGAUGCGAUUAGGGAUUAGGGAAUUGUUUUGGUCUGUGGAUUUUCCAGUGAAUUUAGUGAAAUUGCAACGACGCACGUGAAGUUGUAUAGAUCAAGAAGUUGAGCGAUAAGUUUGGAGUUUUUAACGUGGCUCAAAUCGGAAUUUAAUCAAGUGGGUUUCAUAAUUGUGGAUUUCCUGUAUUCGUAGAUUAAUAUGGUUAAUUGGGCGCAAAAGGGAUUAUAGAUUUUAAACCUAUGGGUAAAUUGUGCGCUGAUAAUUAAAGGUUCUUUUAAUCCGACAGGGCGCAGCGCCCCAGAAAUAAUUCGUUUGAUGAUUGAGAAUUUUUAUUUAUAGCAAAGUGUAUUCAUGCACAUAUUCUCUUUUAAUAUAAUAGUGAUUAUAACAAUUAGAAUGGCAUUGCUCUGCUUCUACUUUGAAUCUUCUCUACUCUUAAUCUACUCCUAUUCUGAAUCUUCUCUACUCUUACUCUGCUCCUAUUCUGAAUCUUCUCUGCUCUUACUCUGCUCCUAUUCGGAAUCUUCUCUGCGCGUACUCUGCUCCUACUUAUAGGAUUAAAAAAACUCAUUUAAGCUCUCAGGUAAUAAAUAUAUUUCUGCGUCCAAUUUACCAUUGCCGGAUUAAUUUCAUAAAAAUAUCUGGAGUAAUAAGAAAAUUAUGAUAGUUUUUUUCUAAAAUUGUAACACCCUUUAGCUCGAAAACUAAGAGGUUUAAGACAUAUAUUGAUAUAAACAGUUCUUCUUAAAAUCAUCCAAAUAUUCACAUCCUGAAGUAUCGGCAUUCAAUUAAUUAACACCCUCUAUGUAUACAGAUAAAUAAAAAGGUGGGUUACUUAUUUUAAUUUGGGUAGAUUACAUUCUGUGAAAUUCAAACGACUAAAUUUUCUACAAUGUAAGAGUAGGUGUUUUGUAGGAGGAAAUAACGAGAGUAAUAAAUAAAAUUUAUUAUUUUUUUCGUCUUUAUACAAUUGGCCUAACUUUUUCAUUUACAAAAACUAUUCCUAAAUUAGGUACAACAAAAAAAACGUAAUUAUUCUAAUGUAUGGAUGACGAAAUGAAAUCGAAUUUAAAUAUAAAUUAAAACGGAUUUAGUUUUCUGGCGAUAUAAAAAUAAUCUAUAACCUCGCUAAAAAUGAAUGUAUUUUUGUAAUAUUUUUAUUAUUAAACAAAAGUAGUAGCGAAAGUAGUAUUUCUUUAUAAUCACAACCUAAUGAUUUUACGAGUAGAAAAAUUAUGGUCUAAUGAAAAUAAUGGAAAAGAAUCGCAAAAUUCUGUAAAAAAAUAACUAACCAUAAAUAAAAAACUUAACAUACUGCUUUUGUACAAUCGAUAAAUCAUUCAAAUUAAAAUUAGAAAAUAAUUCGGCAAAAAAUUGCCAGUAAAAAAUAUAUAGCGUGCUCCAAAAAAAAAUUUUUAAUUUUCAUAGUCAAUCAUCCCAGAAAUAAUUCCAUUUACUAUUCGAAACACAUUCUGUAAGUAAACAGGUUUUGCUUCAUACAAAUUUCAUAAAAUACACAAUAGCAUCUGAUCAUAGUUUUACUAACUUUGAUUCUCCAUAUUGACUGAUGAAUUGACAUUUUCAAAUUUUAAUUAGAUGAAUUUUUGAAGUGAUCGAGAUACAAGGUGAGUACCUAUAGUAUUAUUACCAAUUAUACCGUGUGACAAUUUAAAAACUUACAGCGGGCUAUAUCUAACAAACGGAAGAUGAUAUCAAAAAAUGCUUAAAAUCGUUUCGAAGAGAGAAAGGGGGAACUAAUAUGACAUAAAAGAGAACUCACCCCCACCUACCACAACUAAAAAAAAUUAAAUAGGAAACCCCUACAUGUGAUACAUCAUUAAAAAG